AUGUCUCAAAGUGGAUGGAAUACUAUAGAUUCGGAUGCAGGAGUUUUCACUGAAUUGGUGGAAAAAUUAGGUGUUGAAAACAUAGAAAUCAACGAUUUAUAUUCAAUUGAUUCAGAUACGCUUAGGGCCUUGCAGCCAAUACAUGGACUCAUCUUUCUAUUCAAGUACAGUAAAAUAGAUAGAGAAUUUGCCAACUCUAAUCAACCUAUAACCGGGGAGUACGAUGGAGAUUACUUAGACCAUGACAUAUUUUUUGCUCAUCAGACUAUCCAAAAUGCAUGCGCCACUCAAGCUGUGCUCAAUAUAUUGUUCAAUUUACAAGACGUCUCACUUGGUGAAGAAUUGAACAAUUUCAAAUCAUUUGUAACGGGAUUUGAUAGUGAAAUGAUCGGAGAAACCAUCUCCAAUAGUGAUUUAAUAAGAUCUAUUCAUAAUUCUUUCCUGACACCACAUUCAUUUGUUGAUGAAGACAAACCCGCACCACCUCCAGACAGAGAUGACAAGGAUGAUGGAUUGUUUCAUUUUGUUGGAUACAUUUUCAAACGGGGGAAAAUCUAUGAAUUGGAUGGGUUGAAACAGUAUCCAAUUUCCCAUGGUGCAUGCAACGGACAAGACGAAUUUAUUCAAAAACUACCUGCAAUUGUACAAGAACGUAUAUCAAAGUAUGGCAAUGAGUUAAGGUUUUCGUUGUUGGCAGUUACCAAUAACAAAUUGGAACAAGCACAAGCUAUGGGCGAUCAAGAGGAAAUUGCACACCAAUUGCAUAAGCGUGAACUUUGGAAAAAAGAAAAUGAGUUGCGUAAACACGAUUACACGGGGUUGAUAGUACAGCUAUUGAAGAACAUAAGCAAAGAGAAAAGUGACAAAGAAUGGGAUGAGUUUUUGCAGAAAGGCAGAGAUAAGACCCAACAUCUCAUUGCACAAUCAAUAAAGAAAACAUAA